AUGACUUCAUUCAACAACAGUCACUUCAGACCCUUUCUUCUGACUGGGUUUCCUGGUUGGGAACCAUCUCAUCCACAUAUCUCUAUAGUGUUCUGCUUUCUUUACUUGACUGCCAUUGUGGGCAACGGAGCCAUCCUGGUAGUGAUCUGGGAGGAACAGACGCUGCAUGAGCCUAUGUACCUCUUCCUUUCCAUGCUAGCAGCCAGUGACCUGGGCAUCUGUGCCACUACCCUGCCCACCUUGCUCAAGCUCUUCUGGUUUAAUGUCCGUGAAAUCAACUUUGAUGCCUGCCUUGUCCAGAUGUAUUUCAUCCAUGUCUUCUCCCUCAUGGAGUCAGGCAUCCUCGUAUCCAUGGCUUUUGAUCGCUAUGUGACUAUCUCUAAUCCUCUCCAGUAUACAGCUAUCCUGACUAAUUCCACCAUUAUGAAAAUUGGCUUAGGAAUCCUGGUUCGAGCUGUCUUAGCAAUCUUCCCAGCACCAUGGCUCAUUAGGCAAAUUAAAUUUUGUAAGGCCAAUGUCCUUUCCCAUUCCUAUUGCCUGCACCCAGACAUCAUUAAGCUUUCUUGCUCUGACAAUUGGAUCAGCAUCAUCACUGGCCUCAUCGUCAUCAUCUUUACCUUUGUUAUGGACUCUCUGUUCAUCCUUCUUUCCUACCUGAAGAUCUUCAUCAUGGUUCUGGGCAUUGCCUCUCAUGAGGAGCAGCUCAAGGCCCUCAAUACCUGUGUCUCCCACAUCUGUGCUGUCUUGCUGGUGUACAUCCCCAUGCUGGGUGUAUCCAUCAUCCACUGCUUUGGGAAGUACCUCCCUCCUGUGAUUCACAUCAUUAUGGGUUAUGUCUACUUGCUGAUUCUCCCUGUUCUCAACCCCAUUGUCUACUGUAUCAAGAACAAUCAAAUUCGCACCCAUGUCCUUAGGCUCUUUCAGGCAAAAUAG